AUGCUUGCCAUUGUAGAACCAGUAUCUUUGAUGGAAUCUAACAAUAUCAAUGUUUCUUUUGAAUCAAAUGUUCAUUUUCUGGAGGAAUCUGAUGAUUGUCUACAGAUUGAGCAAUUGGGAGCAACAGAUGAAAAGAAACCAUGCCAAUCCAAAAAUCGAAAGUUAACUUCAAAGCUUUGGACAUUCUUUGAACGUUUGCUAGAAAAGAACUCAAGUGAUGGAAAAUCAAAAGUCAAGUGCAAGCUCUGUGGGUAUAUUUUGAAUUAUGAAAGCAAGUAUGGGACAGGUAAUUUGAAACGUCAUAAUGAUAAUUGUGUUAGGAAAGACACACGUGAUAUAGGUCAAAUGAUAUUUUCUAAAGAACAUAAUUCAAUGCUAAUGAGGUCUUCAAAGUUUGAUCUUGAAAAGUUUCGUGAAUUAGUGGUAGCUGCAAUUGUGAUGCAUAAUUUACCUUUAUCAUUUGUGGAGUAUAUUGGCACUAAGUCUAUGUUGUCUUAUUUGCGUGAAGAUGUUGUUCUGAUCUCUAGGAACACUGUUAAAGCUGAUAUAAUUAAGAUGCAUAAAAGAGAAAAAUGUAAGAUACAAUCCUUGCUUCAAGAAUCACCUGGGAGGAUUUGUUUGACUUUUGAUUUGUGGACUUCUGUUGUUACUGAUGGAUAUAUGUGUCUUACUGCUCAUUUUGUUAACAAAAAUUGGGUUCUAUAG